AUGAGCGGCCUCGACCCCAGCGGACAACAUAUCGCGUUCAAGAUCCAGGGACCGAUACUACUGGGUAUCGCGCUCACUCUGGUGCUCUAUGGGGUAAACUGCUGUCAGGCCCACCGGUACUUCCAAGAACACGCGUCAAGAGGUACUGCUGGAGUUAUUUUGGGGCUGAUGGUCGCAUCCCUGCUCUUGCUAGCAACGCUGAGCCUGGUAUUCAAUGGGUAUUACAUCUAUAGCGCCUUGAUUUUGCACUUCGGCGAUGCUGAUUAUCUUCUCAAAUCUAACUGGUCCCUCGACAUUGAGCUCUUCUUCGCCGGGAUCGUUGGAUUGCUAACCCAGGGUUUCUUCGGCCAUCGCGUUCGCAAAGUUACCGGAAACAUGCUCGCUGGCUAUAUCGUGUGGACACUCUCCGUGAUCCAAUUCAUUGCAACAGUCGUUACGGGCGCGCUCGCUUUCCGAAACCCCUACUUUCUUGAGUUUCUACACGACAUCAGGACGAAGAUCUUCGUGAUCAUAUGGCUCGUCGCGAGUGUGAUGUGCGACGCUAUCAUCACAUCUACCUUGGUGCUGUAUUUGCGACGGCAGAAGAUUGGCUUCGCGGACUCUGAUCGUGUGAUCGACUGCAUUGUUCGUCUCACAUUGCAGACUGGUCUGACAUCUACGGUCGUGGUGUCCUUGGAUCUUGUGCUAUACCUCUUCUACCGCAAACAAGCGCUCCACCUCAUCGUGAACCUCAUGAUCGUCAACGUCUACAUUAACAGCACGCUAUGCUCUUUGAAUGCACGCCACGCUUUGCAAGUCGAGGCCCCUGGCGAAGGAGCAGCUGUCGAGCUGCGUUCAGGGUGUGAGAAGCGCUUCUCUCGCGUUCAACAGUUACGCGUGGACUCUCCCACUCUACCGCAGGUGUUCGUGUCAUCCGAAUCCCAUGCCACUACCGACACCGCGGCCCCUUCCACUGUACCACUCCCGCACAUGGCUUGUGUGGCAUCGACAUCCAGCACCAAGAAAGGCGUCACACGUCUCUCGCGCUCACGAUCAAGCUCUACAUACGAGAACCCCUAUGACGCUAUGUUUGACAGUACAGAGUUACGGCGGACCGCGGCUCAACAUAACGUACAUCGACUCGGUCUCCCUGCGGCGACACCCACUCCGGAAGAACACAAUGAGCUGGAAUGCUCCCGACCGGUCAGCUACGCGGACUCAGUGGUAUCAUCAGAUACUAUAUCAUGGAACGAUGUGGAACGUUGGCCGGUGUAA